AUGGGGAUCCCAUUCCUCGUCUCUGUCGACCCGCAAACCCUCUCUUCCACCUCUCCCGCUGCACAUCUCACUAUCAAACAGAUUUCCUACUUCGGUCGCGUUCUCUUGAAACCCUCCAGUUUAAACCAAGUCAUCUCCUUCGUUAAGCAAUUCUCCUCGCUACUGGAUAUCUACGCUGACGCAACGACAAUCGAUUCUGCCGGCGAUGUUGUUGAUAUUCUCAAUUCGGGCGCAUCUAAAGUGCUGGUUACACCAACCCAAUUGACCACAUUAACAGGGGAACAGGCGGUUCCCUCAUCGAGGUUGAUCAUUUCCGUUUCGUCCGCGAUCGGGGCUGGCGGAUUGCAGAGUUGGAUCGCAGAGGAUGACGAGAGGAAGGACAUCGGUCUGCACUGUGUGGUUUCUUCGGUUGUCGAUGACGUUGUGGAGGAAGUAGUUGAGAGGGGGUUUGUUAAGGAUGUUUAUCUUUCAUACGAUGGAGCCGAGGCUGUGACAAAGGCAGCUUUGAACUCGAGUCGGAAGGAGAAUGUCGUGACAGUUGUCCCUUCGAUUGCUCUAUCCCUUGAUAACGGCGAUGCCUCUCCUGCAAAACUACUGAUUGCAGGCGCCACUGCAGACCAGACAACGGGUCUCUACACUACCGUGGUGACAGAUGAAAGAGGGGUUGCGCUGGGCCUGGUUUAUAGCAGUGAGCAUAGUAUUUCUGAGGCGCUGAAAACCGGAACUGGUGUCUACCAAAGCAGGAAGCGUGGCCUCUGGCAUAAGGGCCAAUCUAGUGGAUAUACGCAGGAACUGGUCCGAGUUGACUUCGAUUGUGACAGUGACUGCUUACUCUUCGUUGUCAAACAAAAAGGGAGAGGAUUCUGUCAUUUGGGAACUGCAAGCUGCUUCGGCCAAUAUAGAGGGUUAUCACGUCUUCAGAAGACUCUGCAAUCUCGCAAGGAAAAUGCUCCAUCCGGCUCGUACACCGGUAGGCUUUUCAACGACCCAAAGUUCGUCCAGGCCAAAAUCAUGGAGGAGGCGGAGGAGCUGUGCAAUGCGGAAUCGAAGGAGGAGGUAGCUUUUGAAGCUGCUGACCUGCUGUAUUUUGCUCUUACCAAGUGUAUCGCUGCGGGUGUAACUCUGGAGGAUGUCGAAAGGAAUUUGGACCUGAAGAGUCUGCAGGUGAAGCGGAGGCAGGGCGAUGCUAAACAGGGCUGGGCCAAGAAAGUCGGCCUUGAGUCAACAAAAGAGGAACAGAAGAACAAAGUUGAACCCACAAACGCUAAUGACGUCAACCGCAAGAUCGAGAUGCGGCGCAUCGUGACUGCAACAGAAUCCCAGGAUACGUUGGAGGAGGCUCUGCAGCGUCCUUCUCAGAAAUCUAACGACGCGAUCGUGGCUCUUGUUAAACCAAUCAUCGAGGACAUCCGGAAGAACGGGGACGCAGCCGUUCUGAAGUACACUCACAAGUUUGAGAAAGCGACUUCCCUUACCUCACCAGUCAUCAAGGCGCCAUUCCCAGCAAGCUUGAUGCAAGUUACCCCUGAGACCGCCAAUGCCAUCGAUAUUAGCUUCGAAAACAUCCGCAACUUCCAUGCUGCGCAAAAGGAUGACAAGCCACUGCACGUCGAGACCAUGCCCGGUGUUGUGUGCUCUCGAUUUUCCCGGGCCAUCGAAAGAGUGGGUCUAUACGUCCCUGGCGGAACAGCGGUCCUCCCAUCCACAGCAAUGAUGCUUGGUGUCCCUGCCAUGGUAGCUGGAUGCAAGAAGAUUGUCCUGGCCUCCCCACCACGAUCCGAUGGCAGCAUCUCCCCCGAAAUCGUCUACAUCGCACACAAAGUCGGAGCGGAGAGCAUCGUGCUGGCCGGAGGCGCACAGGCAGUCGCAGCCAUGGCAUAUGGCACUGAGAGCAUCAGCAAGGUCGACAAGAUCCUCGGGCCAGGAAAUCAGUUCGUAACAGCUGCAAAAAUGCUCGUGUCAAACGACACAUCAGCCGGAGUUAGCAUCGACAUGCCCGCAGGCCCUAGUGAAGUUCUUGUUGUCGCUGACAAGAAUGCUAACCCGGCCUUUGUCGCGUCUGACCUGCUCAGUCAGGCUGAACAUGGUGUCGACUCGCAGGUUAUCCUGAUCGCUGUCGAUCUGGAUGACAGCCAUCUGAAAGCCAUUGAGGAGGAGCUGCAUGCACAGGCCAUGGCGCUGCCACGUGUGGAUAUCGUGCGUGGUGCGAUUGACCACUCCGUCACCUUUGUCGUCAAGGACAUCGAUGAGGCCAUCGCGCUGAGCAACCGCUAUGCGCCCGAGCAUCUCAUUUUGCAGGUAACGAAUGCGGCUGAUGUUGUUCCUCUGGUACAAAAUGCCGGAAGUGUCUUUAUUGGUGAAUGGACUCCGGAAAGCGUGGGCGAUUACUCUGCUGGUGUUAAUCAUUCUCUACCAACCUACGGCUACGCCAAGCAGUACUCCGGCGUCAACCUCGCCUCGUUCGUCAAACACAUCACCAGCUCCAAUCUCACUGCUGAGGGACUGCGCAACGUGGGUGGGGCAGUUAUGGAGCUGGCGUCUGUGGAAGGGCUGGAUGCCCAUCGCCGCGCUGUCAGCAUUCGCCUCGAUCACAUGGAUCCUUCUAGGAAGUGA